UUCUUUUUUUAUUUUGACAAUGAUCAAUAGUGCUUUGGCGGAUUGAUUUGUCCACUAAUAUGUCACUGCAUAAGGCACCCAGGAACAAACAACAGCUCUUUAAGUGAAUAUUUGCUUGAUGUGGCUCCUCUUUCUAUAUUUGAUUCAUUUUUUAUUUUUCUCUUUCCUUAUUCCUUGGGUGACACCAACAGCUGGAACCAAACUCCUUGUAUGCUGAGUGGCCAUUAAAGCCGAUUCUGAUUCUGAACUUUUAUUUUGGCUGCUAACCCUGAACUUUAUUUUGAAGGCCAGCCCCGGAAGCGGUGUGUUUCAGCUUCCAUUGUUUGAACGAGUCGGCGUGUUUUUGCGGUUUCUCUUCCUUAAAGUUCUCCUCUUGUCGAAAAACCUGGACGGACAGAUAGUAGAGUCAGAAACGGGCAUCUCUUUUCUGCGUGUUUUUCCUCCGGGCGGACGUUUUGAGGACGUUAGCUUAGCCUGCUAGCUUCACCUAGCAACGCUUCCGGAUUGACCUGCAGGGAGAAGCUGAUGCUGCUCGGAGGAAAGAGGAAAGAUGUCUACAGUCCAGAUGCUGAGAGUUUUAGUGAACCAGAGGCUGACGGCAGCUGCUGAGGAGAUUCUGUCUCUGUUUGAGAGGACGAUGGAGGAGUACGAGAGAGAACUGCACAGGAGAGCAGCUCGUCCUGGGAAUGUCGAGAAGUUUGUGGUGAUUGAAGAGGCUCCUUCUGAGCAGCAAAAGUGGAGUCCAGAUGUGGAGCAGGAGGACCCAAAACCAGCACAAAUCAAGGAGGAGCAGGAGGAACUGUGCAGCAGUCAGGAUGGAGGACAGCUUCAUGUGCUGGAGGAGCUCAGUCUCAAGUUCCAGUUCCCUGCUCUCCCUGUGAAGACUGAAGCAGAAGCUCAAAGCCAAACUGAGGAGACCAGAGAUGGAGAACAUUUAAAAGGAGAAGCAGAUGGAGGAUCAGAAGCAGCCAGGAGCUUCGAUCCAGACAGUAAUCAGAUUUCUGCUGAGACUGAGAGCAGCAGCGACGGCUUGAAGCAGAGCAGGGAACGUCCGUCUGCUUUCAUUCCUCUGAAAAACCCUUUCAGAUGCUCCGAGUGCGGUAAAAGGUUUGGCUGUGAGGACCACCUGCAGGCCCACACGAAACGUCACGCUGCAGAAAAGACGUUCCCCUGCCCGUUCUGCGGUAAAAAGUUUACUAAGCGGUCAAACAUGACCACGCACCUGAGAAUCCACACGGGGGAGAAGCCGUUCACCUGCUCCAUCUGCAACACGAGCUUCAGUCUGCGCUGCACGCUGGUCAAUCACCAGAGAGUCCACACCGGGGAGAGGCCCUUCAGCUGCUCCGUCUGCAGCAAGAGCUUCUCCAAGAAGACCAACCUGACCACACACAUGGCGCUGCACAGCCAGGAGAAGCCCUUCCAGUGCAGCGUGUGCCACAGGACGUUCACCUGGUACUCACAGGUCCGAAACCACAAGUGUGUCGUUGACUGAAGCUGGAGCUGAACUGAGCAGAGAGACGAGAACAUCAGGACCUCAGCAGAUGAUCCUGAAGCAGUGAGGGAGCGCUGACACUUAAACUGGACUGAAUCAAACUCAACUAGGACUGUUUCAAGGUUUCGUUUCAGCUCAUAUUAGUAAUUAUUGAUGAUUUUCUAUUAUUUUUAUUAAAAACAAGCAGAAAAGUUUCAUUUGGGUGUAGCUGCUUUAAUACUGUAAUGCACAUAAAUACAUACAUUUACACUCAUAAAUAAAGGAAUGAUCUCAGCUUUCUACACAUUAAUUAAAGAAAGUCAAGCAGCUGGAACAGGCCAGAUUCACCACCUGGCUGAAGUUUACCCAGAGAUAAACUGGCCUGGACCACUUUAUACCUUUAUACAAACAAAGAUUAAACAUGUUAAACUCUUAGUUGUUUAGAGGUAUGUGCAGGAACCAAAUCAUUGUGAAAGAACAGAACUGAAAUGGCCUUUAGUUCACAGAAACUUUAAAAAGUUCAAAUCAAAGGAAAAACUGAGUUACUAAGAUAAAAUUGGACUACAAGCAAAUCAUUAUCAAAGAAGAUCAACAUUGGCCGUUUAAUGUCACUGUAGAGCAGAUUUCAGUAGAAUGUCUUUAUUUUAACUUUGUAUUGAGCUUAUAUUAAGAUUGGUUUGAUCUGUGCUUCAUAGAUAAACCAUUAAACCAUCAGGAUAAUAUCUCAGUAUUUUUUGGAUAAAUUAACAUUCAAACUUGCUCACAUUCACACACUAAUAAAGCACACAGAAUUUUAGCAGAACUUUAAACUCAUUCGGGGUAACAAGUGUUUGAAGUUUAGACUGGAGUUUAUUCCAAGCGUCAGGUGCAGAGAACUUAAAUGCUUUCUUGUCCAGUUCAGAUCGUACUUUAUGGACGGCAGAUUGCAGAGAAUCCAUAGAUGGGGUUUGUGACUUCCAUGUUUCCUCGUUAUAAGACAAAUGUUAAGAAACAAUACCCAGAAUGGUUCUGUAAUAAACACCAAUGACUGAGGCUUAAAGAUGUUCAGUUACCUUCAGAAUAGAUCACAGUAGUGAGCAAAGAGACCACAUCUGAUAAUGAAUCUCAGCUCCCCAUGGUACACGCUAUCCAGCAUGCUAAGACAGUUAGCAGAAGCCUUCGUGUACAGCACAUCUCCAUCGUCAAUAACAGGCAACAAAGGUUGAUUCCACCGAUUUCUGUUUCAUACUAAAAGAAAAGCAAGACUUGUUUCUGCAAUGAAAUCCUAAUAAGAUGUCAGGAAAAUUCUUCAGAAGAGUCCUCACUUCUCCAAGUCAACACUGAGAGUCUCUCAAGUUAAAGCAAAGUUCUACUUGUUCAAGGAAUCAACAUGAACAGAACGCAGGCUGAACGAGUGACUGGCAAAGGGUGGAAAUAGCACAUGAGAUACAUGUUGGUAUGUGUUAUCUCUAGGUUAUCUCUAGGUUAUCUCUAGGUUAUCUCUAGGUUAUCUCUAGGAUAUCUCUGGGUUAUCUCUGGGUUAUCUCUGGGUUAUCUCUAGGUUAUCUCUAGGUUAUCUCUGGGUUAUCUCUAGGUUAUCUCUGUUAUCUCUGGGUUAUCUCUAGGUUAUCUCUAGGUUAUCUCUAGGAUAUCUCUGGGUUAUCUCUAGGUUAUCUCUAGGUUAUCUCUAGGAUAUCUCUGGGUUAUCUCUAGGUUAUCUGUAGGUUAUCUCUAGGUUAUCUCUAGGAUAUCUCUGGGUUAUCUCUAGGUUAUCUCUAGGUUAUCUCUGGGUUAUCUCUGGGUUAUCUCUGGGUUAUCUCUAGGUUAUCUGUAGGUUAUCUCUGGGUUAUCUCUAGGUUAUCUCUAGGUUAUCUCUGGGUUAUCUCUGGGUUAUCUCUGGGUUAUCUCUAGGUUAUCUGUAGGUUAUCUCUGGGUUAUCUCUAGGUUAUCUCUAGGUUAUCUCUGGGUUAUCUCUGGGUUAUCUCUGGGUUAUCUCUAGGUUAUCUCUAGGAUAUCUCUGGGUUAUCUCUAGGUUAUCUCUAGGUUAUCUCUAGGUUAUCUCUAGGAUAUCUCUGGGUUAUCUCUAGGUUAUCUCUAGGUUAUCUCUGGGUUAUCUCUGGGUUAUCUCUGGGUUAUCUCUAGGUUAUCUGUAGGUUAUCUCUGGGUUAUCUCUAGGUUAUCUCUAGGUUAUCUCUGGGUUAUCUCUGGGUUAUCUCUGGGUUAUCUCUGGGUUAUCUCUAGGUUAUCUCUAGGUUAUCUCUAGGUUAUCUCUAGGUCGCUACAUGUGCUUAGGACUGGUUUGUGAUCCUUCAAACUCCUGGGUUAGCAGCUCAUGUCCUUGUUCCUCUUUUAGCUGAAGUCACACAGUAUUACAAUGAAUAAGAACAUUCGACCAUCAAAUCCAAUCAUUUUAUAUCAAGAGUUUCAAUUUUUUAUCUGUAUACUGAACGUGCUCCUUAAAAGACAAAUCAGUUAAAAUCCUAGAUAUAUAAAAGUCGAUACAAACUCAACUUGUAGACCAUUUCUAGUUAAAACGUUGCUGAUCUGGCAGUUUUUGAAGUAGUAGAGAACAUAUGUUUGGUUUGAUCUGUUAGACAGGGUCAUGGUCUCAGUGCUACUGAUGUCCAGAUCUGAUAUUAUCACCCUGAAGAAGAUUAGUUUCUUCCUAAAAUAAAACACUACUGCAACUCUUUCAAACCUCCUUCACAGUCAUGUUUGCAGGAAAACAACCAAAGACAGUUUUAGUUUCGCUGCUGCUUCCAACUCUUUCAUUUUAUUGUGCAUCUUCAAAGAGGACGUUGGAAGUUUCAUUAAUCGUCAAACUGGGUUUUUCUUUAACUCAUGCAGGUGAUCUGUUCACCUCGUCUGGGUGUAUCCCUCUAAAGACUACUGCAGUUCAGUUCUGUUUGCAUUUGGAAGAUGUGAACCGUCCAGAUGGAUCUGUUUGCCUUGAAGUCACUUCUGCUUUUGCGCUUUUCACCAGUAAGAAGAUGGAAACUUCCUGCAGCAGUGAUUUAUUCUCAGACUGGUUUAGUUUUUAAUGUGUUACUUUCUGUGACUUUGUUUCCCCUCAGCAUGCUGUGCAGGUCAGGAUAUUCUGCCAGAGGGUCCAGUGGAGGCACUAUGGGGAGAGUUAUUCUAAGGACGCUGGUUAACUACAGAAUGACUUUAUAAUGUGGAACUACAGUAACAGGAAGGAGCAGGUUCAUGGUGCCACUUUGGCUGCAGUUAUUUCUCCAGUUUUACUUCUCUGAGUAGCUGUUUCCCAGUUCAGGCCCUAGAGGUCGUUACGAGGUCAUUUUCUUUAUAAAACAGAAGAAAUAAAGUGUAUUUCAUUCUGGUCUGUUGUGAUCUGUCAGUACUUGGGUGUGUGUUGUCAGUUCCUCUAAAAGCAGUUCAGUUCCAUCUACGCUGUGCAGAACUGAACCGUCCAGGAUGGAACUGUUCGUCCUCAUGUCGCUUCUGCUCUUUUUCACCGGAUGCUGUGCAGGUCGGGAUGUUCUGCCAGAGGGUCCGGUGGAGGGAGUGUUGGGGGAAAAUGUGACUGUAAGGACGCUGGUUGACCAGAUAAGCUCCGUCUUCAUAGUCUGGAACUAUAGUAACGAGAAAGAGAUGCAACAUGUCGCCAUUUUGGAUCCUAGAGGGCUGACGGUGAACGCACUUUAUGAGGGAAGAGUUUCCAUUAACCCGAUCAACGGAUACUUGACCCUGGGGCCCCUGAAGCUGGAGGACAGUGGGAAUUACAGCAUCAUCAUCAUAAUGGGAGAUGGUACUACUGAAUCUGCAGAGACACAGCUCCUAGUUCUCUCUCCAACCAACACCACCAGACCCCCCUCAGCUGCUCCUGAAACCACAGAGCAACAUCCAGCUCCAACCACCACCACCAGACCCCCCUCAGCUCCUGAAACCACAGAGCAAUGCCCAGGUAGCCUCCUGCCAUCCUGACAGUACAAUACCAGUACACCUCUUUCCCUCUGAACCGUCUUCUUGUUCUUCUCUGUCCUUCGUCCAGGUUACACUGAGGCUCUGAUUGCUUGCUCGGUUGUGAUCAUUCUCUUGUUGGCUGGUUAUCCACUCCUCUACAAAUGGAUGGAAAACAAGAGAUCCAAACCUUCAAAUGGGACAAAUGUGGAGGUGUCUGUUAUCCAGCUGAAGGACACAGAUGAAGACUCCACCUACCAGGUCCUGAAUCCGGCCAGCAUGGACCAGGACCAAACCUACUCCACUCUCAAAUAGAUGAUUGAUAGGCGGCUAGUAGUUUCCAUCCAUUUCCAGUGUUUGUGCUAAGCUAGGUUAGCCACAUCCAGACACACACAGGUCAGCAUCAGGUUCAGGAGUUUGCUCAGUGGUCAUUCUGAGACAAAGUAAGAACCUGUGAGAAAAUCGUGAAACAAUCAGUUGAAGUUUAAAUAAGAACUGAAAACAGAUCUGAACUUUUUUUCUUCUGUUAUUCAUGUUUGGAGCUCACACAUGUGUCUGCUGUCCCUGUUUAUGAAACCACAUAGAAAGUUGUUCAAAUGUCUGUAAACUUUUCAUUUCUGUGACUGUUUAUCACUUAGCUGUGCACUUACAUUUAUUUAUUUUAUUUAUUUUAGUUUUUCAGUUGCCAAAUUGUCCCAUUUCUUUCACCUCAAAUAAAUAUAAAACUGAAAUAACAUUAAGAGUUUUUGACAAACACAAAGGAGGUGAAAAACGCCUCGAAACAGGGAUUAUGAAAAUGAACAGUGUUUAUCUGUAAAUCUGCACAGAUUUAUUUCACACCAAAGAACAACCACUGGAAGCAGAAAUAACUUCAUUUUUUUUAAAUCUUGGUUCAUAUUUCAUUGAGUGUUUUUUUAUAUUUGGUUCCAGCUCUGGAGUCACAUAAAUUAUCUUGUUAAAAGUUUGAGCUGCUGAAAUGUCCCGUUUUUAUUCACUUAACUGAGUAACAAACAGAAAUAACACAUUAAGCGUUGUGUUUUAACAGCAUUUUUACAGAAUAAAUUACUGCUAUAUUCAACUAUUUUUUCAUGAAUUCGUUCCUCAGAUUUCCACCAGGUGGCAGCAGCAUCUCACUGAUGACAUGUCUGCUUUUAAUCCAUGUGUCCCUUACAUGUUUGAUUCAUAUCACGAUUCUAUAUGUAAUAUUAGGGAACGGGUUCAUUCAAAGUAAGCUUUUGUUCAUGCAUCAUUAAUCGUUUAUUAUUGUGAAAGGAUCCACCACCUUCAAAAUAAAGUAAAUUGAUGCAUCGCCCUGCUCCACAUGCAAUAAAAGUCACAAAGAAAAACAAAAUGACCAUAAACAGAUGCAAAAAGUCAAAUACAAACACUUGAAACAUGAAAAAUGGCAUCAAGGAUAUAAGAAAUGAUGACAAAGAGAUCACAAACCAAAGAAAAAUGACCAAGAAGAGACAAAACAAACAGAAACAGCUGCAAAAAAAGUCGCAAACAAAGAAAAAAACGACCAGAAAAGGAUAAAAAAAAAUUACAGAAAGACACAAUGACUACUUAGAGGUUCAAAAAAAUAGUCACAGACACAAAACAACCAUCAAGAUUUGAGAAAUGACCACAAAAACACACAGAAUGACCGCAAACUGAUGAGAAAUGACCAGAAACAGAUGCAAUAAAUUUACAAAAGGGUCAAAACAUAAAUAAAAUGAUUAUAAACAGAUGCAAAAAAGACAAUAAAGAGACACAAAAUGACCACAAAGGGAUACAAAACAGUCACAAGGAGACAUGAUGACAACUUACAAAUGCAAAAAAAGUCAUGGAUAUAAAAUGAGCAGGUAAAUACAGAAAGAGCACCAGGAAAAUGUCAUAAAUAAACACAAAUUAACCACAACCAGAAGAGAAACAGCAAAAAAAAAGAAGCACAACGACACAGAAUGACCAAAAAACGACACAGUGACCACCAAGAUGUACACACAAAAAGAUGUAAAAAAAAAAAAUGCAGAAACAAGUGGAAAAUAAGCCCCAAAUGGCACAAAAACAGAAACAAAACAAACAAAAACAACACAAAAUGAAUAAAGACACAAAGUGAUGUGACUGCAGGUCUGCAGUUUGGGGUGUUGCUGCUGUGCGGCCUUUUCCAGAUGUCAGAUGCAGAUGUUUAGAGUGUGAAUGGUGCUGACCAGAAAGAGCUGAUGAGCUGCAGGAAUUCAAAUGAUUCAUUCUGAUUCAAGACCUCAAAAAUAAAAGAUUCCUCUUAACAAUGACGUGUGUGUGUGUGUGUGUGUGUGUGUGUGUGUGUGUGUGUGUGUGUGUGUGUGUGUGUGUGUGUGUGUGUGUGUGUGUGUGUGUGUUCACCUUGUCUGGGUGUGUCCCUCUAAAAGCAGCAGGUACUGCAGCAGCGCCUCUAUUUGUGCUGGGAUACUUGAACCGUCCAGAUGGAUCUGUUCGCCUUGAAGUCGUUUCUGCUUUUGCUCCUUUUCACCGGACGCUGCGCACCGCAGGAUAUUCUGCCGGCCGGUCCAGUGAACGCAAUUUUGGGCCAUAAUGUGACUUUGACAACGCUGCUGGUUGACAAACCGAACUACGCUUUCAUAAGCUGGAGUUUCAGCGACGGGAAGGAGCAGGUCCCUAUCGCCACCGUGGGUUCACAAGGGCUGAAGCCGAACGCAGCUUAUGAGGGAAGAGUGUCCAUUAACGCCACCAACGGCGCCCUGAGCCUGUCGUCCCUGAAGACAGAGGACAGCGGGGAUUAUAGCAUCAGCAUCAUAGCGCCUGAUGGCACGACGGAUGGUGCAGAAAUCAAACUCCAAGUUCUGGAACCGGUUUCAGAUGUGCUCAUCAAGUCCAGCAUCCCUGAAGCGAUCGAACACAACAGCACGGUGGUUCUGACCUGCUCUGCUAAAGGCUCCUUCCUCAAGUUCACCUGGACCAACGGCACCGCGCCCAUAGUGGCCGACGGCAAGCGGCUGACGCUGAAAGACGAGGCAGCGUCCAGCAUGCUGACCAUCACGGGCGUCCUCAGGACAGAUCUGGUCGGUCCUAUCUACUGCAAAGCUGCUAACCCUCUGGAUACGAAGAGCAGCCCCGCCUUCAACCUCACCGUCUACUAUGGACCGGAUGAGGUCACCAUCAGCCCUGCCAAGUGGCCCGAGUUCAUCAGGUCCAAGUCCGACUUCAACCUGACCUGCUCGGCCCGCUCAUUGCCGGCCCCGACCUACUCCUGGUACCAUAAGGAGGACCUGAUGGAGGUCCCGGGUCCCCUCCUCACUCUGGCGGACAUCGAAGCGCACAAAUUUGGGAUGGAGAAGGAGGAGUACACCUGCAGAGUCCAGAACAUCAAGACCGGCCGCACGGUAUCCUCUGCUCCGGUCGCCUUCGCUGUGAUGGAGGCCGUCACAGGCGUUAAAAUCACCGGUCCCACUGAAAAGCUCAUGGCCGGUAACAGCACGGCCAACCUGACCUGCCAGGCGGCGGCGGGCACCGUGAAGACCAAGAAAUGGCUGAAGGACGGCAAACCGCUGACCGCCAGCUCCCGUGUGAUCUUCUACAACAACAUGAGCUCCGUGUUCUUCAACAUGCUGCAGAAAGAGGACAACGGAAAGUACACGUGUCAGUUCAUCAACCCGGUCAGCACCGCCGAGGCCGUCUACGCCAUGGUGGUCAACUUUGGUCCAGAGCCGGCGUCGGUGAAAGGCGAAGAUGCCGUAGAGGUGAACGACCCCGUGAAGCUCACCUGCUCCGCCGCCUCCGUCCCUCCCUCCAUCUACACCUGGAAGUUUAACGGCUCGGAAACUCCAGUCAAAACAGCAGACUACAGCAUCGCUGAGGCCAUGUACAAAGACACGGGAUCGUACACCUGCACGGCGUACAACAACGUCACCGGAAAGAGCACCACAGCCAGCCACUUCCUGUCUGUCAAAGAGGAGGGAGCGUUGGAUGAAGGUCUCUCAGAUGGAGCCAUCGCUGGAAUCGUCAUCGGCGUCCUCGCUGCUCUAGGAGCCGCCAUCGGCUUAAUCUUCUACUGCCGACAGAAAGUACCGGUCGAGUCGCCGUACUAAAGACGUCCUGCUCUGCUGGCCUGAACAUCGUUUAGUUUUCCUUGAUUUCCUCGUGCAGCCUGGAGGACGAUCCGGCUGGUCUCCUGUGAAGCCUUCAUCUGACCAGCCAUCCCAUCAUCCCCUCCUCUCCUCCUUUCAACCCACACCAUGGAUCCUGGCUGGGUUUGGACUGUGAGCUGUUGUUUUAUGUGUUUUUGGAGCUUUUUUCCCCCAGAUGAAUCGUCUCUUCCUCCUCCUCCUCUACCUGCCGUCAACAAACGUCCUCCUUCAGCUUUUGUCUCUUCCUUUGGGGGAAGCUCCUCGUCUCCUGGACCGAAGCUGACGGCCGAUGAGUGACUUUCUUUAUCCUGCUGGAAACUUGAGGACGCUCGAGGCCACACAUGUGGACGUUCAGGUUCACAGAAAUGCUGUGGUUUGUUUCAUGUCGCUGUCUGUCCCAGGCGGGUGGAGCUUCAACCUUUAGAGCUUCAUUGGAUCCAGAAUAUCUCAGUUUGUUGGUUUCUAACACGUUUUCCCUCCAGGUUUUUCUUUAUUUCCUAUUUGUUCACUGAGGUUACUUAACAACUUUACUGUCGUUUCUCUAGUAUUUCUGUUUUCACAGAAAAUAAGAUCACUUUUUUUUUAAAUUCGCUGGCAUUUACUGUGUAAAACACCCCCUUUUAAAGCAACAUAGUAUCCCCCAAAUAAUAAAAAUAAUAAUUUUUAUUUAUAUAGCAACCAAUAAUAAAUAAUAGUACAAGUUGUUUAUAAACUGAUUUUAUAGAUAUUUAAAGAUGCUUUAAAUGAUAAAUGAGCUUUAAAAAAGUUUUUUUUAUAUAAAAACGUCAGUUUUAAGGGAUUUCUUUGAACUUAAUACCCAAAAGAAUGAAAAUAAAAUGUGUUAAAACUGGUAUAAAAUGACAAAAAAACAUUAUUGGACCUUGUUGAAUAUAAAAAAACUCAUGCAAACAUAAGUUAAGAACAGAGUGAGUGUAUUAGAGCUUUUAUCUCAUGGACACAGACAAAAACAAAACAGAUCUAAACAUAAUCUGAUAGGAAACGUAUUCCAGUGUGUUUGUUUUCAGUUUAACUCAGUGUUUGGCUCAUUUGAUCCAUCAGUUAAACUCCGUCAGCUGAAGUUUGAUGAACCAGUGUCAGUAAAACCAAAAGUCUUGAGCAAAUUUCCGACUAGAGAGGAACUAAUUUAGGUGCAGAGAUGUCAGAGCUUGUUAGAUAGAUAGUGAUGUAUACAGAAGGGACCCGAGUUACUGUUUAGUUCUACGAAUAUCCACUUUAUUAGCUCCACCUGCUAAAGCUAACAUGCUGCAACCUUCUGGCUUUAAAUGGUCCUUCAUGAAAGCUACGAUCCGUCAGCUGGUCCAGCUGUUUCUUAAAGCAUUAAUUAAACGCUGAUUGCAUCGAUCGUUUGUGGUGCUGUUGAACACAAAGACAGGUGUUUCUGUUAUUUUAUCCAUCAACUUGAUAUCAGUGAGGCUAGCUUAAAUACCAGAAAGACCAGUCAGUGUCAACAAUGAUGAGCGUACAGCUAAAAACAGCUGAAACCUUCAUAAAGGAGGAUUUAUUGGAGGACUGUUGCGUUAAACAUGCUGGCUUUAGCUGGUUGGAGUUAAUAAAUGUUGUGUUUUUGUUAUUUUAGGAGUCAGAUUGUUGGGUUGACUUUGGUUUAGUGGUGACCAGGUGUAAAUACGAAGCGCUUCAGAGGGAUGAGUUGGUAAAUUACAAAUAAAUUCAACUAGACUAGGACUCCUGAAGAUCUGGUUUAAACAGCAGGCCUAAGCGUGAAACAAAUGUGGUCUUAAAUGUUGUUUUUGGUAUUUUAAAUUGGAUUUGUUGCUGUUUUUGAAUUAGUUUACAACCCGCAAUAGAAAAAUAAAGACAGAAAUGAGCUUUUAUUAUGUGGAUAAACCAUUGAAAACCCACCAAGUAGAUGAACCAGAACCAAUGUUUCUGGUGAAGGAACCAUUGAAACCCCAAUGGGUUUCUUGCUGGGUUUUUAAAGGUUCCUCCACCAGAACGCUCUCACCGCUUUAUUUUCCAUUUAAAGGUUCAGCUUUGUAAUCACUUCUAAUCAUAUAAUUGCAGGUGUUUGCGUUGAAACCCGGCGAGGAGGUUGUAUAUUUGAAACCCGGCGAGGAGGUUGUAUAUUUCCAGUUCACAUAAUCCAGAGGAGAGCCAAUAAAUAAGCGAGUUGUCGUUUUGACAUUUAAGGUGUGUUGAUUGAUUGAGAGAUGGUUUGUCGUGCAACGCUGCAGGAGAUUAAUCCAGUGAAAGUCGUCCAACAACAAGAUACCAACACAACGAGGACGUAAACACUAACGUUUCAUCAGAUUUGAACUUUCUAACCUUUAAUACAACCCAAAAGCUGCAGUCCGUGACUUAAACAAACACCACUACACCAACAAACACUCAGUUCCUCAAGGCUGGAGUCCUUCCUGAAUCUUUGCUGGCUUCCUUCCAGCUGUUUUUGCUUCACCUUUAUCCUCCUUCUCUUUAUUUCCCAUCAUGCUCGGCGCUGUUUGUUUAAAUCCUCUGUAGAGAUGCGUGAGAGCCGACAGAGGAGGGAAAAGUUUAAGGUGGCAAGAUGCAGCAGGCAGGAACGAGCCGGAGAGGUGAAGGUGGAAAGAAAAGAAGAAAGGGGGGAAAAAAGGCGGGAAGGUGGUGACAUUCUUUGAUUUUUGGAGGGAAAGUUUGCUUCAGGGCGGAGCUGCUUGGAAGUUUAGUUUGUUUUUUUAAUUUUAACCACGAUUGGUUUAGAUGAAAUUAAAGCUUCUUCAGUUUAUCACAGCACCUGGCUUUCAUUUGAAAUGGCUUUUCGUCUUCUUUGAAGUUGAGCUUUUCCAGCCGGAUCACCCGUUUAGUUUCUCGAGUAUUUUGCCAUCCAACCUCAUGAUUCCUUCCUGCGCUUCGUGUGGUUCCUGUGUGAUCUCAGACUCCAUCAUGCACUGAUCUCCAGUGGGAAAAGUAUUUAUUUUGUUUUUUAAAAAGGAAAAAAAACCUGAAUAACUGGAGCUGAAGAUCAUAGCUGGUCUGCAGGUCACACAUUCAAAAGCUCAGUGACUUUUUUUUUUGCUGUUUUGUGUUUUCAUCCACAGAAUGCCCCAAAAAAGUCUUUCAGACAUGUUAAAGUUUCCGGUUUGGGAUGACCACAGCACAGAAUGUAUUCAAACCAACAUGUAGAUAUGAUGUGUUCGAGAACAACGCGAGCAGCCUGUAAAUAAUACCGUUCAACACUGUAAACAGUUUGUGACGUUUUGUUUGUUUGUUUGGAUAUAUAAGGGGUUUUAUUUCUCGUUAUGAUUAUUAUUUUCACAGAUGUUUUGUUUUAUGUUUACAGAACUGUCUCGCCUCUAUUAAAUGUACACAACCUAAAAAAAGAUGAAUGUCCCCGCGGUGAAAUCAUCCUCACAGCCCUGUAAAGCCAUAAAAGUUGUGGAAGUAUUUUCCUAAAUGUC